CUCUGCAUCUGAUUCCGAAACUAGCCCUCCGAAAUUCCUAAAAUCCCCUGCAAAUCCCCGUUUCUCUCUCUCUCUCUCUCAUUUCUUCAACGCCUUUUCUCCUCUCUCUCUGAAUUUAAUUCUAAAACUACCCCUGAGAUUCUACAAAUCCCCUGGAAAUCCCAUUUCGUUUCUUUCCUUCUCUCUCCAGGGUUUUGCUUUUCUCUCAUUCCUAGCUCGAUUUGGAGUCGAAAGUCGGACAGAUUCCAGAUCUCUUUUCUACAAAUCCCGCUUCCAGUACAUGUUAUUGCCGAGUUUCCACGCAACGAGACACCAGCUUUUGGUCGCGGAGUCUGGGUUCUCGAAUUCGGAGGAAAUCACCGUCUUGCCACUGUCUGAUUUCAUCGGGGGGCGUUCCCGCAAGUUCAUUUGCUUCUUCGGUUAUUGCAGAGAGCUCUGUGUAUUCUGAAGUACAUGAGCGAUCUUCUUGAUUUUCCAUGUAGAGGUUUCUCUUCUGUUGAAAUGGUCAACUAGGGAUGCACUAAAAGUUGAAAGGCACAGGUCAUCAUUUCUGAUUGUUACUGCGUUUGAAAGAUGCAUUGGUGGUGGGGGAAGUCUUCAUCCAAAGAAGUGAAAAAGAAGACAAGCAAGGAGAGUUUUCUCGAUACAUUACAACGUAAAUUUAAGAUUCCAUCUGAAGAGAAAGGAACUAUCAGAUCAGGAGGGUAUCAAAGGCGUAAUAGUGACAUAGCUUCAGUAAAGGGGUCUCAAUCCCGAGCAGAGUCAAGGUCACCAUCACCCUCCACACUGGUAUCACGUUGUGAAAGUUUUGCAGAGAGGCCAUGUGCACAACCUCUUCCACUGCCUAAAGGGCAAUCAAGCAUAGAACGCACAGCCUCUGGAAUCAGUAUAUCAAGAUCGGAGAUUGAAAAAUCUGGCAAACCGUCAUUGAUUUCGCCUCUUCCAAGACCUGAUAGAAUUUUAAACAGGCAGGAUGCUACAUAUGUUGAUGGAGAUUUGGCUAGUGCUUCUGUUUCUAGUGGCAGCUCAAUUGACAGUGAUGAUCCCAUUGAUUCUUGUCUUCUUACCCCCCUAGAAAAUGGGAGUAGAGCUGUGGUAAACAGCCCUUCAAGAUUGAUGCAUAAGGAUGAAUCCCCUGUCAUCACCCGAAAGGACUCGAGAGAGACACUGCGACCAGCGAAUCUGUACAUCAAUAAUCAAAGCCUCUCUUCAUCACCCAAACGGGGAUUUCUAAACACACGCCCAUCCAAUUUACAAAUUCAUCAGCAUGGUGGUUUUGGAAUUGGAAGUGCUCCAGACAGUUCAAUGUCAAGUCCUUCUAGAAGUCCAAUGAGAGUGGUUGGCCCUGAGCAGAUUAUGACCUCUGCUUUCUGGGCGGCUAAUCCAUACCCUGAUAUUUCGAUACUUGGAUCUGGUCACUGUUCCAGUCCAGGAUCAGGCCAUUAUUCGGGACAUAAUUCAACGGGAGGAGACAUGUCAGGACAAUUAUUUUGGCAGCACAGCAGGGGAAGCCCAGAGUGCUCUCCGAUACCCAGCCCCAGAAUGACAAGUCCUGGACCUAGCUCCAGAAUACAAAGUGGUGCUGUCACACCAUUGCAUCCACGGGCAGGUGGGACAGCACCAGAGUCACCCAUGAGCUGGCCCGAAGAUAGGAAACAACAAAGCCACCGGUUGCCGCUCCCCCCUUUAACAAUUUGUAAUUCUUCUCCUUUUUCUCCAUCAAAUUCAGGUACAGCAAUCUCACCCUCAGUUCCACGGAGUCCUGGAAGGGCUGAAAAUCCUACAAGCCCAGGUUCGCGCUGGAAGAAGGGAAAGUUGCUAGGCAGAGGCACAUUUGGCGAUGUUUAUGCUGGUUUUAAUAGUGAAAGCGGUGAUAUGUGUGCUAUGAAGGAGGUUACGCUAUUCGCCGAUGAUGCUAAGUCAAAAGAAAGUGCAAAGCAGUUGAUGCAAGAAAUAACUCUCUUGAGUCGCUUGCGGCAUAAGAAUAUUGUGCAGUAUUAUGGAUCUGAGACGAUGGAUGACAAAUUGUAUAUUUACCUGGAAUAUGUAUCCGGUGGUUCCAUCCAUAAGCUUCUUCAAGAGUAUGGGCAGUUUGGAGAACUAGUAAUUCGUAGUUAUACCCACCAAAUCCUUUCAGGCCUCGCAUAUUUGCAUGCCAAGGAUACAGUUCAUAGGGAUAUCAAAGGUGCAAAUAUACUAGUAGACCCCAAUGGACGUGUUAAGCUGGCGGAUUUUGGGAUGGCAAAGCAUAUUUCCAGUCCAUCAUGUCCACUAUCAUUCUACGGAAGCCCUUACUGGAAAGCACCUGAGGUUAUAAAGAAUUCAAAUGGCUGUAACCUUGCUGUGGAUAUAUGGAGUCUUGGAUGCACUGUUCUGGAGAUGGCUACAACAAAACCACCUUGGAGCCAAUAUGAAGGGAUUGCUGCUAUGUUUAAGAUUGGGAACAGUAAGGAACUUCCGGCAAUCCCCGAUUAUCUCUCAGAUGAUGGCAAGGAUUUUGUAAAGCAGUGUCUGCAACGCAAUCCGCUAUACCGUCCCACAGCUGCUCAGCUUUUGGAGCACCCUUUUGUGAAAAAUGCUGCACCAGUGGAAAGGCCCAUUCUCAGCUCUGAGCCUUUGGAGUUGUCUUCUGGAGUUAUGAAUGGAAUGAAAUCCAUGAGUGCGACCCACGUGAGAACUCUUUCUUCCUUGGACAUGGAAGAGCUUGCAACCCAUCAGCCUACAGGGUCAAAAACCUCUCUAGCAUCCAGUGAUAGCCAUAGGCCGCUGAGGAACAUGUCUUGUCCAGUCUCUCCCAUUGGAAGCCCUCUCCUACAUUCUAGAUCUCCACAGCAUAUGAAUGGAGGGAUGUCUCCUUCUCCCAUAUCAAGCCCAAGAACUACUUCUGGUUCAUCCACACCUUUAUCUGGCGGCAAUGGUGCCAUCCCAUUUCAUCACCUGCAGCAGUCAGCCUACCUGCAUGAAGGCUUUGUUGGAAGCAUGCCGAGGAACCCAAACAGCCUCUACAUCAAUGGAUCCACUUGUCAUGACCCCAAGCCCGACAUCUUCCGAGUGAUGCAGUCAGGUUCUCAUGCCUUCUGUGAACUGAUGGCAUCCGAAACUGACAUUCUCGGCAGGUCAUUCAGAAGGCCGGUCGAUGGAGAUCCUCAGGAACCGUACGAUAGGCAAUCAGCGUUGGCUGAUCCUGUGGCUCAGCAGCUCCCGGGGGAUCAUGUGAAAUUGAACCCAUCGAUUGACUUUAGUGCUGGUUCUUCAAUGCUUGGCCGCCUCAAUGGGAAGACAUAACAUGAGCCUGCAUGCACAGCAGGUUUUUGAGUGUGCAUUGGAUUAUUUUGUUGUCCUCGCACAAUUGGUGGCUCACUAUCGUCUAAGUGCCCGAGGAAACCCAUUUGUACACAAUAAGGACCCAAAGUGGAAACCUGUGGAAUAAGGUUUGAAUUUUGGAAGCUGACGUAGCUGAGGAGAUGUACGGCUCUUGUCAAUGGCAAUGGGCAUUCACUUCACACAAGAUGAUUUUCCAAUAAUUUCCAAAAUUCAGCAGUUCCAAACAGCAAGAGCUUCUCAACAGUUGCUAGGUGUGGAAAGAGCUGUAUAUUUUUCUUAGAACAACACAAGAAAACAAAAAAAGGGACCAGGCUGGAAGAGGUAAGUUGUGUUUAAGGAUACCUCGUUACUAUAGAUAUGCAUAUAUUUUUGGGAUGUGGGGCCCACUAUACUGAUGCUGGGGAACAGGAUUAAGGGUCCAGAUUUUAAGCCACAUGAAGUUCCAGGUUCUGACAAGCCUGUGCACUUCUCGUGUGGCUACCUCGGCUUAGGUUUGGUAAAACAGUUUCUCCACAGACUCUUUUUGUAUACUUUUGUAUGUCCACCAUCACAUCUGCAAGAAAUUCAAGAAAAUCUAAUUCAAGCCUUCUCA